AUGUUGACCACCGUGAUUGUGAUGGUUUUUGUGAGCUUUCGUCUGGUGUCUGCAGCAGUGGAUUACACGCGAUGGCAUCCACCAGGACCAGAUGACGUCCGUGGACCAUGCCCUGCAUUAAACAGUCUCGCAAAUCAUGGCAUACUUCCUCGCAACGGAAAGCGAAUGACUUAUCCGACCUUGCUUAAAGGCAUAUUGGAGGGGUUGAAUGUUGGAUUUGAUCUCACACUUGUUGCUGGCACCGGGGGGAUGAUAGGGGCGAAAAAUCCACUUCAGCUCUACUUCAACCUAGAUGAUCUCGCUAAUCACGAUUUGUUUGCCGAACACGACGCAAGUUUAUCACGAGGCGACAUUUACUUUGGUGACAAUAUCAGCUUCAACGCGACGAUUUGGCAGAGCGUCCUCGACUACUUCAUCGACGACCGCACUGUAAGCUUGGGAGCAGCUGCUCACGCACGGUUAAAUCGAAUCAAAACGGAAAGAGCACGAAAUCCUGAUUUCACAUUUAAUGCGAAGGACGAUAUAAUUAGCUAUACUGAAACGGCGCAGUAUUUAAGUGUUUUUGGGAACCCUGAUACAGGAAACCCUCGAGUUGAUUGGAUCAGGAUUUUCUUCGAGCAAGAACGGUUGCCAUAUCUUGAGGGAUGGCAGCGACCAUCGAAACAAACGAAUGCGCUAACCCUGGCGCCUUUAAUCGCAAAGCUCAUGAUUGCUGGCGGAGAAGUUCUUCCCGAGACAUUAAUGAUGGUAGAAAACACUUUGGGAAAGAUACUGACUGGCAAACCCAUAGAAGGUUUGAUUGGAAGGCUCCCGUUCAUAAAUAAGACAUAA